AUGCUCUAUGGCGGUGUCGACUCGACCGACUUUUCUUCGAUGGACCCGGAAAAAGGUCUCAAGACCAUGCUUCUUUCGUAUCGACCCCCGAGCGGCUCGUCCACGACAGCCGUCCCUGCGACGACUGCCUUGCACACAACGACAGCUCCAAGCACGACAAAGACAUCCGAGUCGGCGGCCUAUACGCCCGCACCCACCAAGCCGGUCAGCAGCGCCAUCACCACCGGUGCAGCUCUCGCGUUCGUGGCGCUGGCCCUUGCGGCGUCGAUGGCCUAG